AUGGCCGGUCGCCGACGAUUGGAAGGGGAACUAGCACCUGUUUAUGGGCUUGAUGAUGACGAGUUCUUUGUGGAAAUACAUCAUGGGGGAUUUUUCUGUGGGUCUGGUAAAGAUCAGAUUUAUCUUGAUGGCAAGGUUGAUUGGUUUGACCAUAUCAAAGAGAAGUAUUGGCGUUUUUUCGCAGUUGAUGGGAUUAGUGUGAUGUUAGGUUAUGGACUUGACAAUGUGGAGGUGUACUGGUUGUUGCCUGAGAUGGUUGUGCCUACUGGUUUGAGAAUUGUAGACUCAGAUGCAGAUACACAAAUCAUGAACCAAUUUGCAUAUAAGAUCAAAAACUUUGUGAUGUAUUUUGAUAUCUAUAAUUCAUUUGACAAAGACAUUGUGUUGAAUCCAAUUGGUACACUACCCAAAAUGUUAAGUCCUAGGAAUGUGCCACCUGAAAGAGAUGACGUGGGCAACAACAACAACAGUGACAAUGAUGGCAGUAUAGAUGGGUACUUCUUAGACAGUGACUAUGAAGUUGAUGAUGAUGAUGAUGACCUAUUCUAUGACAAUGUUGAUGAUGGGGUGGUUGAUGAGGGUGCAGCCAAGGGCAUUGUAGUCAGCAAAGGGAAGAAGAGAAAUGCUCCAUAUGGCAAAGAGAAGAUGGCAACGGUUAGGGAAUGGGAUGAGCUGUCAUCUGAUGAGGAUGAGUUGGAGUUACCAGCUGAGGAAGAGGGCCAGGUUGGGAUGAAUUUGAAGACCUUCAGGCCAGAGGACCUGCAGAACCCUAUUUUCAAAAUUGGAAUGAAGUUUGCAUCAGUACAACUGCUAAGAAAGGCUAUUACAGAAUACAGUAUCAAACAUAGGAAGAAAUGGGUGCUUAAGAGGUGCACUGCAAAAUGGCUAGCUAACAAGUACUUGGACAAGUUUAGGGUUGAUGAAAAGAUGAGCCUGACCAAUUUUGGAAGGAUAGUUCAGUUGGAGUUGAACUUGACCCCCUCUAGGAUGAAGCUGAGUAGGGCAAGAAGGAUGGCAUGGAACAUCAUUUAUGGAGAUGAAGUGCAGCAAUUCAAUCUUCUUUGGAACUAUGGUCAUGAACUUAGGAAGUCAAAUCCAGGUAGUAGCUUCUUUCUGAACUUGCUUGAUGGCUACUUCAGUUCACUUUAUGUGUCUUUCGAUGCUUGUAAGAUGGGUUUCCUCAGUGGAUGCAGGCCAGUGAUAUGUCUAGAUGGCUGCCACAUCAAGACUAAAUUUGGGGGACAGCUACUCACUGCUGUAGGCAUAGACCCAAAUGAUUGUAUCUUUUCUGUAGCCAUGGCAGUGGUAGAGCAAGUUUUCCCUGACUCUGAGCAUAGGUUCUGUGUUAGGCAUCUAUACUCAAACUUCCAAGGCCACUUCAAAGGGGAAAACUUGAAGAAUGAACUGUGGGCAUGUGCUAGAGCAAGUACAGUAACAAGGUGGAACCAAGAAAUGGAGAAAAUGAAAGUGCUCAACAAGGAUGCCUAUGCAUGGUUAGAGAAGAUGCCACCAAACACUUGGGUUAGAGCCUUUUUCAGUGAGUACCCGAAAUGUGAUAUCCUGUUAAACAACACUUGUGAAGUUUUCAAUAAUUACAUCUUGGAAGCUAGAGAACUGCCUAUCUUGACCAUGAUACAGAAGAUCAAGUCCCAACUAAUGAUCAGGAAAAAGUUAGCUAGGCAUGCUAAUUUCUCCAACACAUGCUAUCCUAUACCAAGUGGGAAUGGUAUCUUUGAAGUUCAUGACCGAGAGUGGCAGUAUGUGGUUGAUCUUAUGGGCAAAAAUUGUGAAUACAGAAGGUGGCAGUUGACAAGCAUACCAUGCAGCCAUGCCAUUUCUUGCCUGAAGCAUGAAAGAAUCCUAGAAGAUUUAGUGCUCCCAAAUUGUUACUCCAUUGAUGCAUUCAAAAAUGCAUAUGGCUGUAACAUAUAUCCAUGUUCUGAAAAAUCUUCCUGGGAGAAUGUUGGAGGUCCAGAAGUGCAACCACCUAAGUAUGAGAAGAGGGUAGGCAGACCACCUAAGGCAAGAAAAAGGGCAGCACAUGAAGUUCAAGGUCCUAAUGGACCAAGGUUGUCCAAACAUGGAGUAAUCAUGCACUGCAGCCAUUGUGGACAAACUGGUCAUAACUCAGCUAGGUGUGAAGCAAAGAAGGCAAGCCUACCAGCUAUUAAGAAAACAAAAAAACCAACUAGAACUGCUACUACAACUACAACUAAGCCAGAGCAACAACCAAGUUAUGAGGAGGUGACUAACCUAGUUGAGGUACCAGUAAUGUCCCAAGUAGAGAACCCCAUGUUGUCACAACUACUAGAUGAGGCUUCACAAAACAUGAGGCACAUUCCAUCUACUUCACCAUUGUCAGACUCUACCUACAUCAUUUCCAACCUCCCACCAUCAAGGCAUACUCCACUUACAACAGCAACAAAGACUGGAAGGACCUCAAGGACCAAGAUAGUGAAGAACAACUGUGCUGCCCCUAGUAAGAAGACAGGUAUAGAUCAUUUGCAGCAACUUGCUGUUUUCUUAGCAUAUGUAAUGGAAGCAACAAAACAAUUCCUAGUUUGCUGA